GCAUCCGCUCUGCCCGCCUCAGCGACAGGAGCGACCUAGCUGCCUCUGCUCUGCUCCUGCUAAGCUGCAAGAGAGAAGUAGCUCGACUAGUUCCGAUCGGGUCGGCAUGGGGAGGUCGCCGUGCUGCGAGAAGGAGCACACCAACAAGGGUGCCUGGACCAAGGAGGAGGACCAGCGCCUGACAGCCUACAUCAGGGCCAACGGCGAGGGCUGCUGGCGCUCGCUGCCCAGGUCCGCCGGCCUGCUCCGCUGCGGCAAGAGCUGCCGCCUCCGCUGGAUGAACUACCUCCGCCCCGACCUCAAGCGCGGCAACUUCACCGACGACGAGGACGAGCUCAUCAUCCGCCUACACGGACUCCUCGGCAACAAGUGGUCUCUGAUCGCGGGGCAGCUGCCGGGCAGGACGGACAACGAGAUCAAGAACUACUGGAACACGCACAUCAAGCGCAAGCUCCUCUCCCGCGGCAUGGACCCGAGCACGCACCGCCCGCUCACGGCCGAUGGCGCCAGCGCCAACGCGCCGUCGUAUCGCCCGGCCCAGCCGCAGCCCAUCGCCGUGCCGGCGAGGGCUCUGUUCGCACUAACGACCAAGGCACCACCGUCGCCGGCGCCGGUCCAGUCCUCGCCUUCCUCCGACGGGGGCAGCAGUGGCGCCACGAGCACGGGCGAGCCGCGGUGCCCCGACCUCAACCUGGACCUGUCCGUCGGCCCGCCGGCGGCCGACACGCCCACCUCGCACUCGCAGCUGCCCAUCUGCCUAUGCAAUCACCUCGGCUUCCGCGGCGGGGAUGCCUGCAGCUGCCGCCAGGCCGACAGCGCGGCCUCCCAGAGCGGGUUCAGAUUUUUCAGGCCGUUGGAGGAAGGCCAGUACAUAUGACUGAGAUCGACGAGACGGCUCGGAUGCACCCUAGCUAGGCUCCACAGCAAUUUGUAAGACAGGGAAUUUUUCUAAUGGUAAAGGAAACCUAAUCUGUUCAUA